ACUCUCUCACACACACAGACACACACACACACACACACACACACUACAGAAGUCUGGUGCGUUGUUUAAAGCUCCAUUCUCACACAACAACAUUCACCUCAGACCGCUGUGUACUGCGCGGUUACUGAUUCUCCUUCUGACGCGUUUGUUUUUCCGUGUUCAGAUGUUCAGUUAUGAUGUUCAGGACCGUGUCCAGUUCUCCUCUGGCUCCUUCUGUGAAGGUCAAAUUAAUAACCGCUGGAUUUCACACCGCUGCAGACCUGACAGAUGUGCAGCAGCUCCAGCUGUGCAAAGCCACAGGAUUAUCUCAGGUGGAGGCUGCUGAGGUGUUGCAGACUCUGCGUGAUGACUUCUUGCCCCUCCAGCAGAGGGCAGCGGUGCAGAGUCUGACAGCGCUGGAUCUCCUGCACCAGGAGGAGACGCGGGGCAACAUCGUCACCUUCUGUUCGGAGCUGGACGCUGUGCUCGGGGGUGGGAUUCCCGUGGGGAGGAGCACGGAGAUCUGUGGCGUCCCAGGCAUCGGAAAAACCCAGCUGUGUGUGCAGCUGGCUGUAGACGUACAGAUCCCGGUGUGUUUUGGAGGACUAGGGGGUGAAGCCGUGUUCGUGGACACUGAAGGUGGGUUUGUGGUGGAGCGGCUGGUGGGCAUGGCCCGGGCUGCGGUGGAGCACUGCGCCGCUCUGGCUGAGGACCAAGAGCAACGUGAAGCUUUAGAGAGCUUCACCGUGGAGAAGAUCCUCUCCGGAGUCUUCCUCGUGCGCUGUCAUGAUCACGUGGCUCUGCUCGCUGAGCUUCACCUCCUGCCUGACUUCCUGAGGAAACGUCCACAGGUGCGACUGGUGGUGAUUGACAGCGUGGCUUUCCCGUUCAGACACGAGCUGGAGGAUGUCUCUCAGAGGACUCGUCUCCUCAGUGGCUUUUCACAGCAAGUCACUCGCUUAGCAUCGGCUCAGCACGGGCCAGCGGUGGUGUUGACCAAUCAGAUGACGACUAAAGUCUCGAGUGGUCAGUCCAGGCUCGUCCCUGCUCUGGGUGAGAUUUGGGGCCAUGGAGCCACACAGAGACUCAUCAUGCACUGGGAAGGAACACAAAGGUUUGUGUCUCUGUAUAAAUCAUCAAGCCAGAGAGACGCCAACGUUCCCUACCAGCUCACGGCUGAAGGAUUCAGAGACACCACUGUUUCAGUGUCUUCUGUCCCGUCCCACAGUCCUGCAGCAGGAAGCCACAGUAAACGUCCUCGCAUUGAACACCAGAACAGAUAAUCUCUUUCUCUCUCUCUCCCCCACACGCACACACACACACACCCACACACACUGUGUACACAGGAAGAACUAAGCUACAGUCUGUUUUCUGGUGAACUGAUCUGAACUUCAUCUAAAGCACUCUACUCUGUCAGAAGCUUCAUUUUGUGACCCUAAAAGUCAAUAAUAUAAACUUCUGUUCAAAUUCUACACAAUUUCUAUUAAAACCUAAUCACUGGAAUAAUAACUGGUGUAAGUAUUGUAAUUAUAAUAGUUUAUUAUUGAUAUACAUAUUGAAUAUUAAGUGAUUUACACGUGUCACCAGUAUGUUUAACUCACUGUAUAGAAAUCUUCAGGAGGAGCUCAUUGUCUGCAGAUAUCUUUUUUAUAGCACAGCACCUUACUGCACUGUCUUUAUCAAAUAAUAAAAAUAAGUGUAUGUAGCUAGUGUAAAUUUUCUGGUUAAGCUUCCUGUUUACUUUUAUAUGGAUAGAGGCAGCUUUUACAUAAAAAUACAUUUAACCUCUUAA